UGCCUGCAGUUCAUGGCCUGUCGUCCCCAAGAGGAUACUGGAGAUCUGGAAAAGGUUCCUAGAGGGCAACAAGCAUGACUAAAGGCUUGGCCACGGCAAGGAACUAGGUGGGCUCUGACUUCAGCCUGGGUUUUGCUGCUGCCCUGCAAACUGCUUCUGGGAUCAAUUGAGAUGGAAGCCCUGGAAGGAAGGGGGAGGCUGCUUCAGCAACAGCACUGGAGGAAGGCACCAUCAGUGUGGAAAUGUCUUCACCUGGGCUGGCAGGAGAAGGUCUGUGGUGAGGUGACAGCUGCUGAGCAAUGGCCUUCAACAAGGUUUGGUGUGCCCUAGCCCUUGGAUUUCUGCUGCCUUUUUCCUGUGCCCACACGGACUUCUUCACUUCCAUUGGUCACAUGACAGACUUAAUUAACACAGAAAAAGAUCUGGUGGUGUCACUGAAGGAUUACAUCAAGGCAGAGGAAAGCAAGCUGGAGCAGAUCAAAAAAUGGGCAGAGAAAUUGGAUCAGCUGACAGCCACUGCCACAAAAGACCCAGAGGGGUUUUUGGGACAUCCUGUAAAUGCCUUCAAGUUGAUGAAAAGGCUCAACACAGAGUGGGGUGAGCUGGAGAGCCUGGUGCUGAAGGACAUGUCAGAUGGCUUUAUCUCCAACAUGACCAUCCAGAGGCAGUUCUUCCCCAAUGAUGAGGAUCAGACUGGGGCAGCCAAAGCCCUUCUGAGGCUCCAGGACACGUAUAAUCUGGACACAGACACCCUCUCCAGAGGGAAUCUGCCAGGUGUGAAGCACAAAUCCUUCCUCACAGCUGAGGAUUGCUUUGAGCUGGGGAAGAUUGCCUACACGGAGGCUGACUACUACCACACGGAGCUCUGGAUGGAGCAGGCUCUGAAGCAGCUGGAUGAGGGAGAGGUGUCCUCUGCAGACAAAGUCUACAUCCUGGACUACCUGAGCUAUGCUGUGUAUCAGCAGGGGGACCUGGGCAAGGCCAUGGCACUCACCAAACGCCUCCUGGAGCUGGAUCCCGAACAUCAAAGAGCCAACGGGAACAUGAAAUAUUUUGAAUAUAUCAUGGCCAAAGAGAAAGAAGGAAAUAAGUCCAGCACAGAAUCAGAAGAGCAGGAGAAGGAAACUGAGGUUAAGAAAAAGGAUUACCUGCCUGAGAGAAGGAAGUACGAAAUGCUGUGCCGUGGGGAGGGGCUCAAAAUGACUCCUCGGAGACAAAAGAGACUCUUCUGCCGCUACUACGACGGGAACAGGAAUCCCAGGUACAUCCUGGGCCCUGUCAAGCAGGAGGAUGAGUGGGACAAGCCCCGGAUCGUUCGCUUCCUGGACAUCAUCUCUGACGAGGAGAUCGAGACCGUGAAGGAACUGGCCAAGCCGAGGCUGAGCCGGGCUACUGUGCAUGACCCCGAGACUGGCAAACUGACCACAGCACAUUACAGAGUCUCGAAGAGUGCGUGGCUGUCGGGGUACGAGAGCCCCGUGGUGUCCCGGAUCAACACGAGGAUACAGGACCUCACAGGGCUGGAUGUCUCCACAGCAGAGGAGCUGCAGGUAGCCAACUACGGAGUAGGGGGCCAGUAUGAGCCUCACUUUGAUUUUGGAAGGAAAGAUGAGCCUGAUGCUUUUAAGGAACUGGGAACAGGCAACAGAAUUGCUACUUGGUUGUUUUAUAUGAGUGACGUGGCAGCAGGGGGAGCCACGGUCUUUCCUGAAGUCGGAGCCAGCGUCUGGCCCAGAAAGGGAACAGCUGUGUUCUGGUACAACCUGUUCCCGAGUGGAGAAGGCGAUUACAGCACCCGGCACGCGGCCUGCCCGGUCCUAGUGGGGAAUAAAUGGGUAUCCAACAAAUGGCUGCACGAGCGGGGGCAGGAAUUCCGAAGGCCGUGCACGUUAUCGGAGCUGGAAUGAUGCAGAGCCGUCAGUCCCUGUCAAUGCACAUCUCCAACAGUUUACAACUGACUAACACUCCACUCCAGGUUCAGUCCCCCCCAGCUGUGGACAGGACAAACGUGCUUUUAGUUCCCUCCCAGUACCCCCUGAGGUUUUAUGAACAGAAAAUAUUGAGGUUUACGAGUGUUACCGGGAAAAAAAAAAGGACAAAAUACAGAUGAGGGCCACAACUAACUGUGGUGUUGUGUGUGGUGUUCCUGUCACCAUCAUCCCUCUGAGCAGUGUGGGAAAACAGGGGGGAUGUCAUGGGAGGGCUCCCCUCUAAGGAACUCUGAGUUACACCCAUUCCUAUUGCUGAAUUUCCAGACAUUCAGCUCCUUGUUUUCCCAGAGUGCCUGACCACUGCUGUUGAGAACUGCAGGCAUCCUUUGUGUUUCUCUGGAAAAUGGGUUAUUACCACGUUUUAACCUGUUCUCCCACAUGCACAAAAGCCCCCCAAGUUUUAAAUUGUCUUCCUUCUUGGCCCCUGUGGGGAAUUUGGCUCCUAACCUUGACACCAUGAGCCAGCAGUUCCACAGGCACGGCCAGGACGCUUCCCCAGUGUUGUGCCUGUGUCAGAGCAGCCUGACAACACCCACAGCCCACCUUUCCCCACCUCUGGAAUGUUUGUCCACGUGAACAAAUGCUGCUUUUGUUCUGUCCCAGCAGCCAGCUCUUCCAUCUGCUCCUCGGGCAGGGGGUGGGAUGUUCCCACCUUCAUUAAUCAAAAUAGUUGUGCCUUAGGACGCUGGAAUUUCAAAUUGGUGAAGAGACUUCAGGUGCUGAGGUGACACAGAGUCCUCACAGAAUGCUCUCCACCCUCAUCCUCCUCACAGCUCUCGAGGUUUCCUGAGAAACUGUCACCCUAUUUAUUUAUAGUCCUGACCCUUCUUUAGAUGCAGGCUCACUGUCAUGAACCCUGUCCCUUCCACAGCAGGAUUUUUAUAGCAAAAUAACCAACUACUCCACUAGCAUGAGGGCAAAAAUCAAAGGGAGCUGCACCUGACUCUACCUAAACAGUCCAAUUUUCUGGAUGAUUAUGGUUUUACUGAUUAGGGGUGAAGCCUGAAGUCUUUGCCAAGGAAAAAAUUCCAAUUUUGGUUAAUUGGGUCUUCUGCCUCAAUAAAGUCUUGAAAAUUGAGCCGAAACGUAGACAAAACCAAUUGUUAACGUGCUAGAAAUACCUCUGGAAUACUGGGAGUGCAGUUCAAGGUACUAUAGUUGGAGGAUCAGAAGACACUUUAAGGUCUUUGCUGGAAAAUGCAUUGUUGAAUUCCUGCUGAGCCUGGCAGCAGUGGGGCCACAGAGCUGCUCCUCCUCAGCCCUGCUCCUCCCUGCACUGGGCCUGUGCUUUGGGCAGAGGGGAAGCAAAGUCCAUCCAGCACCUCAGGACACAAAUACAGUCUCACAUCUGCACUGCUCCUUUAUUCCAGGCAGCUGCUCCCCCAGAGCAGCAGCUGAUCUAAAGGAAUUCAAGAGCUGGGUGAGCAGAGGGGAUCUUUGAGUGCUACAUUGUAAUCAUUAAAAAAACCCAACAUAAUAUUUCUGCCUACCUGAGUUUUCUCCCUUUUUUGUCCAUCUCCAUUCCUAUCCAUGGUCUUCUUUUUUUCUCUUUGCCAUCUUUUUUAGUUUCAUAAGCUCCAUGGCUGCAGGUACCUCCUGCCACUUCCCUGCAAGUAAAAAAAGGAUACA